CUCAGAGCAGUGUCCAUCACUUCUUGCUGAGGACGAAGCCCCGCCCCCUCCACAACCCAUGUGUUCAGGGAGAGGAGAGAGUGAGCGCGCGGUUAAGAAUUGGAUUAUCGGAAUCCUCUGGGCUGUACACUGACAGUAAUCGGAUAUUAACCAAACUGUAACCAGUAAUCAGACUGCGAUCAAAUAGUAAUCAGACGGUGAUCAGUAAUCAGACUGUAAUCAGACAGUAGUCAGACUGUAAUCAGACAGUAAUCAGACUGUAAUCAGACAAUAAUCAGACAGUAAUCAGACUGUAGUCAGUAAUCAGACUGUAAUCAGACUGUAAUCAGACUGUAAUCAGACUGUAAUCGGACAGUAAUCAGACAAUAAUCAGUAAUCAGACAGUAAUCAGACUGUAGUCAGUAAUCAGACUGUAAUCAGACUGUAAUCAGACUGUAAUCGGACAGUAGUCAGACAGUAAUCAGUAAUCAGACAGUAAUCAGACUGUAGUCAGUAAUCAGACUGUAAUCAGACUGUAAUCAGACUGUAAUCGGACAGUAGUCAGACAGUAAUCAGUAAUCAGACAGUAAUCAGACGAUGCUGAGUGAGGGCGAGGCCGCGGAGCUGCUGUCGUUUCUGCAGUCGGACACGCGGCCGGACGUUAAGGGCGGGGCUACAGAGUACCUGCUGGGUCUGACGGGGACGCGGGACGGCUGCCGGUACCUCAGAACCAAACCGGACUUCCUGCGAGCCCUGCUGACCCUGACCUCUGACCCCUCCAUCGCCAUCGUUAAAGACUGUUACCACGCCCUCAUCAACCUAUCCGCCGACGAGACCCUGCACAAGCCCCUCCUCCAGGAGGCGGAGUUCCUGCCCACGCUGUUCCGGAACCUGCUGGACCCGGAGUACCCGUUCUCCGACCGCGUCUGCACCAUCCUCACCAACCUGUCCCGCCACCAGCCCACCUGCAGACAGGUGUUCCUCUCGCUGCAGCAGCAGGACGUCAGCCUGGCCAAAAUAGUGGAAAUAUUCUGCACCGAGGGAGCCAAUCAGAGCGCCUCGCUGCACUACCUCGGACCCCUGCUGUCCAAUCUCACGCAGCUCCCCGAGACCCGCCAAUUCAUACUGGAUAAAGAGAGGUGUGUGAUACAGAGACUCCUCCCCUACACUCAGUACGAGGCGUCAGUCACCCGGCGAGGGGGUGUGAUCGGCACUCUCAGAAACUGCUGCUUUGAACACGCUUAUCAUGAGUGGUUGCUAAGCGACGCUGUUGACAUCCUGCCGUUCCUGCUGCUGCCCCUCGCCGGACCUGAGGAGCUCUCAGACGAGGAGAAUGAAGGUUUGCCGGUGGACCUGCAGUAUCUGCCAGAGGACAAGAAAAGAGAGGAAGAUCCCGACAUCCGCAAGAUGCUCAUUGAGACACUCCUGCUGCUUACAGCCACUAAAGCCGGACGUCAGAUAAUGAAGCAGAAGAACGUUUAUCCCAUCAUGAGGGAGUUCCAUAAAUGGGAGAAGGAGCCGCAAGUGAUUUCUGCCUGUGAAAAACUGGUUCAGGUACUGAUCGGGGAUGAGCCGGAGGCUGGGAUGGAGAACCUGAUGGAGGUGGAGAUCCCGGAGGAGGUGGAGCAGAAGCUGAAGGAUCAGGACGAUAAAGAGAAGGAACAGAUAGAGAAGGAGGAGCAGGAGCUUCUGAAGGAGGAGAAGAAGAAACACCAGAGUGAAUCUCCUGAAGGACUGGAACGAUAAUCACAGCUCCCAAACAUCACAAUACAAACAGACUUUCUUUACCUUUAAUUAGAGCUCCACAAUAUAUCAAUACUUUAUUAAAUCAGGAUACAAUUUAUCAAAUCAACAGAGAAGAUUAUUACGGCCUGAAGAUCACUGACCCAACUGUACAUUUCAUUACAGAGAAAUAAAUAAAUCAUGUUAAACUGAA